GUGUUGGUUUUGUUUAAUUUUUAGUAGUUUUAUUAAUUUCAUCAUUUUGUUAUUAUUUCUUAUUCUAAGUUCGAAAAUGAAUUGUCGAGGUAGUUGUAUGGCAAAUUUAGUCAAAAAAGGAAAACAAAAUCGGAGUUGUGAAACCGCGUGCUAUGAAAAAAAUAACGAUCAAUCUGUACCCGAUAUACAUGACAACUACUAUUCUCAAGAAGAAUGGAGAUGCGUGAAAAAUAGAUCAGAGGAGCUGGGAGGGUAAUGGCAUUUCAUCAUCAUUAUGUUGCAAGCUUACAAUGAAAGUCGUAAUUUUACAGGAGAUGUAUUUAAUGAGCCAAAUGCAACUGAAAACACGCUUAAUGAAAUUUGUACUACAGACGGAAGUAAUUUCUUAUCAUCUGCAGUAUUCCAUCUCAUUGUAUAUUUCAUGUACUGCUCAGUGUUUGUUGUAGCAUUAAUUGGAAAUGGACUUGUGUGUUUUAUUGUCCAUUCAUCACCACGGAUGAAGACUGUCACAAAUUAUUUCAUUAUGAACUUAGCGGUUGGAGAUAUUCUAAUGACGAUUCUGUGUAUUCCAUUUUCAUUUGUAUCAAUGCUAGUGUUAAGGUAUUGGCCUUUUGGUAUGGUGAUGUGUAAAGUAGUGAAUUAUUCUCAGGCCGUGUCUGUGUUUGUUAGUUCAUAUACAUUGUUAGCUAUAUCAAUAGAUAGGUAUUUGGCUGUGAUGAGGCCAUUGAAGCCACGUUUGGGAAGUGUAGCAGCGAAGUUUAUAGUGAGUUUUGUAUGGGCAGGCGCAUGUGCUACUGCAGCGCCGAUAUUUGUUGUUUCAAAUAUCAAAAGACCGACUUCUUGGCAUGACAUCUGUGAGGCCGAUGUAUGCCUUGAACAGUGGGAGUAUGUAGAACAAAGUCAUCAGUACUCCUGCGUCUUGAUGCUGCUGCAGUUUGGUCUACCGCUCACAGCACUAGUGUUGACAUACACCAGGAUUGCACACAUGGUGUGGGGAGGUAGACCUCCUGGUGAAGCUCAGACUGUAAGAGAUUUGCGUCUACAAUUGGCAAAAAGAAAGAUGAUAAGGAUGAUGGUGACUGUAGUUGUGGUGUUCACCGUGUGCUGGCUUCCUCUCAACGUAUUUAUCAUUCUCUGGACAAUUCAUGAGCAGGACAUGGAGUGGGCUAUGUGGCCCGGAAUGCCGUACGUGUGGUUUGCCGCCCACUGGCUGGCUAUGUCACACUGCUGCUACAACCCCGUCAUAUACUGUUACAUGAACUCCAGAUAUCGACGAGGAUUUCAACAGGCUAUUAGUUGUUUGCUUCGUUCCAAUAUGGACGCCAUUGCAGACACUCGUCCCAGGUGUAGUGGCGAUGGAUUGCCUAUGUCGGAUUUAAUUGGAGCCAACAGGAUAACUCGUCGCGGUACGACCAGUACAAGUCUCAGAUCUCAGCGUACAAGCGGAUCUGUACAAUCAGCUCGAAGAACGCAUCCGCCAGUAAGAGCUCUUUCAGUCCGAUCAAGUUUUCGAUAACUAUUGAGUUCGACUCUGACUAGUGUAUAAUUACCCUUUUUACAAUUACCCUCUAAUACAAAUUUAAAUUCUAAUUCAAAUAUUUUUAUUCAAAAUAAUAUGUGACAUCAGUUAUUGAAAGUCAAAAACUACCACCCAUUCCAAAAACAAUGCCUCAGACCUGAGAAGAACGGGUGCAACAAACACAGCGGGGGUUUUUUUUUUCAUAAUAAUACAUUUAUACAAUGUAUUUUUUGUUUAUUACCAGGAAUAGUUUUUCUGUGUCUACGAUGAUGUGUUCUCGUAUAAUAUAUAAUGAAUGAUCAUCACAUGAAAAUCACGGGAAAUUUCCCGUAACUGUCUAUUUAAGUGUAGUUAUUUUAAACUUUUGGUACUAUUAUGGCCGCAUGCAAGCGGUUGGGUAACUAUAAAAGGAAGCGAUUGGAAUAGGGUUAAGGUUAAUGUACCUUGUAAAGGGAAGUGUCGUACCUAUAAGCUUCUAUAACAAAAUUAUUUGUGAAUUAAAAAAAAGUGUUAUAUUUUAUC